UUUUUUUAUAUUUUAGCAUCUUUGGAAAAAACAAAUUUAAAAGCAAAACAACAAUUUCAAACUCUUCAAAUGUGUGAAGAACAAUUUACUAAAAGAUGUGAAAAAUAUGAAUCUAUAAUUCAAGAUAAUCAGAAACAUAAAUUAAAAGUAAUGCAAGAAAAUGAAAAUCUUAAAAUCAGCAUAGAAGAAUUAAAAACUGCUUUAGCAAUAGCUGUUAAUGAUGGAAAGGGUUUACAGUUUAAAACAAAAAUUGAUGAAAUGUCUUUAGAAAUAAAUGAACUAAAAAAAGGAAAUGAAGAAAAACAAAAAGAACUGGAAAAAUUAAACUUAUUAAAUUUAGAAUUGGAACAAAAACAUACUGUAUUUCAAACGAACAUUGAAAAAUUAGAAAAAAUGGUACAACAUUUGGAAACUGAGAAGAAGGCAUUAAUAGUAAUGAAUGCUGAAUUAGAGAAGAAAGUAUCAAAAAUUGAGAGAGAGCAAUCAUCUCUCCAAUUGAAUACUGAAGAUUAUUCUUUAAUUCAAAAUAUUAGUGAAUCUAGUGAUUCACAGAAGAGUGCAGGAAGUGUUUCAAAUAGUGUUUCAAAUGAAUUAAUAACAUCUGAAAGUGGUAAACAAGUACCAUCUUUAAUGAUGCAUGAACAUCAAACUAAAGUUUCCCAAUUGAACCAACUCUUAGCUGAAAAACAAUUAGAAGUNUCAAAAUUACAACUUUCACUGGAACAGAAAGAAAAUGAAAUUACAAGCUUAAAACAAAUGUCGAUGCAGUCACUACCUCUUGAACAUCAACAAUUAUCACUGGCAAAUGAGUUGAAAGUUUCUGAAGAAAAAUUUCAAUUGGUUGCAAUAUCAGCCCAAAAAUAUAAAGAAAGAUGUGAUAGUUUACAACAUUGGCUGCAAGUAUAUCAAGAAAAACUAGAAAGUGUGAGACUUAAUGAUACAGCUGUGAUUGAACAGCUUCAGAUAGAAAUAACAACUCUUCGUCAUAUGCUUGCAGAAGAACAAGCUGCUAAACUGGAAGAUAAGAAAAAUUUAGAAGAAGCUAGACAACAAUUUGAACAUUUGUUGACUGAAUAUAAAAAAGAUGAACUAGAAGCUUGGAAACAGAUAGAAAGCCGUCGUCAUCAGGAAGAAUUGGAUAAAGUGACAGCAGUGGUGGUUGAUAAGAAUGAAGAAAUUUCAAAAUUGAAAGAAGAAAUUGAUACACUUAAAACCAAAAUUGAAAAUAUUCCUAUUUUAGAAGCUCAGGUAAAACAAUUUAUACAAAGCAUCAAAUUGAGAUGA